GGCAGUUUCUAUAGAACUGUACAAACGAAUAAUCUUCUAAUUCAGGAUGAAGAUAGAGAACCCUCACUCGUCCUCCACCUCGUUCUCCCACGCUGAGUGGGCGCACUCCAACCUCGAGAACUUCAGGCAAUCAGAGGAUGCACGACACCAUUCAGAGGAGGUUAGAAACAGGGCUCUUCGUCUAGUCGAAGAUCGGGAUCGAAGAACAGUAAGAUCUCAAGAUGAUGCAACUAAUAGAUUGAAUGAGAGAACAAGAGAUGUAAAUACCUGGAAAAGAGAAUUGCAAAGAGAGCUUGAUCUGUUGAAAAGAGAAGACCAGUUACUCGCAGAGGCAAGUCGUCAACUGGAGCAUGCUAUUCAACAAUCUAAACGGCCUGAGGAGGUUGUUCAUAUCUGUAAGACUGCCCGAGAAUACAGGGUUGGUAUUGACCAGGUCAAGGAUAAUGUUGAGAUAGCCCUGGACACAGAGGCAAGAGAACUUAAGAGAGUUCACGAAGGAAUGCGGCAACACCAAGAGUUAGCUGUUGCACAAAUCACCAGUAAUGAAAUGAUUAUGAUGGCUUUGAAGCAGGAUUUGCAACGGAAGAGCACUGCUAUUGAGAUUGAUACGACCUGCUUCGAGUUAAACACAAACUCUCAUGAGAUAGCAAUCCAUCCAGGCAUAAACCAGGCAGAUAUAACUAAAAGUUCCCCCCAGUCCUGGGUCAAAUAUUCAGACAAAAAUAUUGAAGAUUCAACCAAUGCCAGAAAGGCAGCAUUUAAAACAAAUAGAAAUUUGAAGGAGAGAAUCCUUGAGACUGAAGAAUCCCAGCACCUGCUGCAGAACCAUCUUGAGCUGACCCUCAGCGAGAUCUCUGAGCUGGACAAGCAUAUUCAGAUCCUAAAGGAAUCUCUGAGGGCUAAAGAACCCCCGCUGAAGCUUGCAGAAACAAGAUUGGAGUUCAGAACUCACAGGCCGGAUAUAGAAGCUUGUAAUGAUUCUCCCCAUGGAAAGUAA